AUGGACGAAAUCCACGAGAUUCAGUUACGUGAAGUGUUACCUUAUGAGUUUGAACCUGUUUUAAACGAAAAUGCUGGUAGCAGUGGGGCAGAAGCGAUUCCGAGAGCGAGUCGUCCUCAAAGGCUCAGACGACGACUUGAGACUUCGAUGAAGCAUUCGAGGCUGAGAAUAUCUGGCGUCUUAAAUCGCGCAGUUGGUGCAA